UUCUUGCACACAAAAAAAAAAAAAAAAAAAAAAAGCCAUGACUGCUAUCCCACAAUUCAUCUUCCCUGCGCCAUCUUUGUAUUAUUUCUAAUUUAUUUUGGAUGUCAAAAGACAUUGAUGAAGAUAUUUUCUCUGGAGUCUCCUUCCUUUCUCACCCGGCUCUCCCGAUGUGAACCGAGCGGCUCACAAGCCACCGCAGCCACCAACCCACCAUGUCUCGCCGCAAGCAAGGCAAACCCCAGCACUUAAGCAAGCGGGAAUUUUCGCCUGAACCUCUUGAAGCCAUUCUUACUGAUGAUGAACCAGAGCAUGGCACGUUGGGAGCUCCAGAAGGGGAUCAUGACCUCCUUACUUGUGGCCAGUGUCAGAUGAACUUCCCAUUGGGGGACAUUCUUAUUUUUAUUGAGCACAAACGGAAACAAUGCAAUGGCAGUCUCUGCUUAGAGAAGGCUGUGGAUAAGCCACCUUCACCCUCACCAAGUGAGCUGAAAAAAGCAUCCAAUCCUGUGGAGGUUGGCAUCCAGGUCACACCAGAGGAUGACGAUUGUUUAUCAACGUCAUCUAGAGGAAUCUGCCCUAAACAGGAACAUAUAGCAGGUAAAGAUGAGCCCAGCAGCUACACGUGUACAACUUGUAAACAGCCUUUCAACAGUGCAUGGUUUCUCUUGCAACACGCACAGAAUACUCACGGAUUAAGAAUCUACUUAGAAAGCGAACAUGGAAGUCCCCUGACACCGCGGGUUGGUAUCCCAUCAGGACUAGGUGCAGAAUGUCCUUCACAGCCACCACUCCAUGGGAUUCAUAUUGCAGACAAUAAUCCUUUUAACUUGCUAAGAAUACCUGGGUCAGUAUCAAGAGAGGCUUCAGGUCUUGGAGAAGGGCGUUUUCCACCCACACCUCCUUUGUUUAGCCCUCCCCCCAGACAUCAUUUGGAUCCACAUCGCAUAGAACGUCUGGGUGCAGAAGAAAUGGCUCUUGCAACCCAUCACCCUAGUGCCUUUGACAGGGUGCUGCGACUGAACCCCAUGGCUAUGGAGCCACCAGCUAUGGAUUUCUCCAGGAGACUUAGAGAGUUAGCUGGAAACACCUCCAGUCCACCAUUGUCACCAAGCCGGCCCAGCCCUAUGCAAAGGUUACUGCAGCCAUUCCAGCCAGGCAGCAAGCCACCAUUUCUGGCAACACCGCCCCUUCCUCCUCUUCAGUCAGCCCCUCCUCCUUCCCAGCCUCCAAUAAAAUCCAAGUCUUGUGAAUUUUGUGGGAAAACAUUCAAGUUUCAGAGUAAUUUAGUAGUACACCGUAGAAGCCACACUGGAGAAAAACCCUACAAGUGCAGCCUCUGUGACCACGCAUGCACUCAGGCCAGCAAGCUAAAGCGUCACAUGAAAACACACAUGCACAAGUCAUCCCCCAUGACCGUCAAGUCAGAUGACGGGCUCUCCACAGCCAGCUCCCCAGAGCCUGGAACCAGUGAUCUCGUCGGCAGCGCAAGUAGUGCUCUCAAAUCUGUCGUGGCCAAGUUUAAGAGUGAAAAUGACCCCAAUAUGAUUCCGGAAAAUGGGGAUGAGGAAGAAGAAGAGGACGAGGAGGAAGAGGAAGAGGAAGAAGAGGAAGAGGAGGAGGACUUAACUGAAAAUGAAAGGCCAGACUAUGGCUUUGGCAUUAAUCUAGAAGCAGCUCGUCACCACGAAAACAACUCCAGGGUUGGUGAGGAGAACCGUUCUAUGCCAGACGUCAUGCAGGGGAUGGUCUUGAGUUCCAUGCAGCACUUCAGUGAGGCUUUUCACCAGGUCCUCGGAGAGAAACAUAAACGAGGGCACCUGUCUGAAUCUGAGGUACACAGAGACACUUGUGAUGAAGACUCAGUAGCUGGAGAAUCAGAUCGCAUUGACGAUGGCACUGUUAAUGGCAGGGGGUGCUCGCCUGGUGAAUCUGCCUCUGGAGGUUUAUCAAAAAAGCUGCUCUUGGGUAGCCCCAGCUCUCUGAGCCCUUUCUCAAAACGCAUUAAACUUGAGAAAGAGUUUGACCUGCCUGCUACAGCUAUGCCUAACACAGAAAAUGUUUACUCCCAGUGGCUGGCUGGGUAUGCUGCCUCUAGACAGCUAAAAGAUCCAUUCCUCAGCUUUGGAGACUCCAGACAAUCGCCUUUUGCCUCUUCCUCAGAACACUCAUCAGAAAACGGAAGUUUGCGCUUCUCCACGCCUCCAGGGGAGAUGGAUGGAGGGAUCUCAGGCCGCAGCGGCACGGGAAGCGGAGGAAGCACCCCACAUAUUAGUGGCCCAGGCCCUGGAAGGCCUAGCUCAAAAGAGGGCAGACGCAGCGACACUUGUUCGACACACACCCCCACUUGGCGUAGUGCCCAGGGAACUCGUGACGUGUGGCAAUUUUCGGAUGGAAGCUCGAGACCGCUUAAAUUCUGAGAGAAUGUGAAGCACACGGGGAAUGUGCACCAUGUACAUGACAUCUGAAUGUGGUCCGUUAUCUUGCUAGCUUUGCGAUGAUUUCUGACAUUAACUUCAGACGUCACUGUCCGAAGGCAGCGUCCAACAGGCUCCUUCUGCCUGCCUGCAAGACAAUGUUAUAUAUAUUUUUAAUAGAAUAAAAACACUUCUUUUUUUAAAAAAACAAUCCACCAUCAAGGGCUUAUCGAUCAUCAAUGGCUUUGACUGGCUUCCAUGCCAUUGGGAAAAGGCCCUCUUGAGUAUACGUUGAUACAGUGUGGAGAACCCAGCCUGUUGUUCUUAUACAUUACACACCAUCGUUUAAGUGCGGCUAAUAUUACAAAUAGCAUAAAUAAAUAAAUAAAUAAAAGAGGAGGGCCAGGGGGAGACUUGACAUAAUAAAUGUUGGCGCUUUAGGUUUUGUUUGCUCUUUAAUUUUUAAUGCUAACAAGGACCAUGCAGCUGGUAUGACGUUGUAGUACCAUAUCCACUGCAUAAAAUUAACUGUUGAGAUUAAAAAAGAAAACAAAACCCAUAUACAUACAAGAAGUUAUCCAUCUAUAGAUGGCAUACAUUUCAAAGAAAACUAAAAAUGCAAAGCAUUGUUAUUGCAACACUAUAAUUAAUGUAGAACUAGUGUGGUUGUUUAUUAAUGCUGAAGUGUGGGGGGGUCUCCUAACUGUCUAUCUUAUCAUUUGCAAACCACUGAAUAAUGCCUACUGUGUUGUAUUUCUGCUGUUAAAAUAUGUAUUUUCGAGGUUGUGGCGGGGGGGGCGGGGAGGGAAUGAUCCAUAGCAUACUUUAAUUUGUCAUUGUUUGUCCAAAAAGCUAACUGUUUUCAGGAGAAUAAUAAUUUCAUUAUAGUGAUACUGUAAGCUCCAAGAAAAGUUGAACCCCCCCCACAAAAAAACCCUGUGGAUAUUGAUGGCUCUUUGUUACAAUUAUCCCUUAUUUGUGCAAGCAGCCAUAUUCUGGAAAGCAGUUAACCACAUGCUUAUUUUAAGCAUGUGCUCAAAUCCUGUUGGAUCUAAUAAAGCACUUGAACACUUGCUUAACUUUGCGCAUGUGAGUGCUCCUAUUGACUUUCAUAUGACUAUUAGGGACUUAAGUACAUGCGUAUGUAUGUUCCUGAAUUGGGGCCACAGAUUGUACCACUGAAUUCUGUAUAUUCUAUUGAUGACCAUGUGUGAGUAAGAGUUAUAGGAUCAGGCCUAAGUGCUGACGUGAAUCCUUUAUUUGGUUAAGUCCUGAUGCUGCAGGGCAAGCUGUGCCAUUAUCUUAUUCUCAUGUAAAACCACCCUAAAAUUUAUACCAGGUAGAAAUUUACCAUGCAGGGUCUCAGGUCUGGUGUCAAAGUUAUUUAUUUGUAUUUAUUAAUUAUUGUUACUUGCUUUUUUAUUUAUUUUUCAAAGCUGAAUGUGAAAAUUUGGCCAGGCUGCUAUUUUGCUCAUGAAACUGCAAAAUAGAUAAAAUAAUAGCACCUUUUGGUCAUUUAAAAAUAAAUAUAUAAAUGUUAUUUUGUUUGGGAAAGUGGUUAUAGCACAAGCACAGUCACUUUUGUAACAAACUUUUGUAAAGGACUUUAGACUAGUAGUUGCAGAGUGCAUGAGCAUCUGUGCACACCAAUAUUAAUGGAGAUGUGCCAAUAAACUAUCAGUGAUCUGUGGAUUACAGUGUAUAAAUAGGGAUUGAUACAACAGACUAUUACUGCUUCUUCUGAGGUGUUAUGGUUUCUAGGAUCAAUAAUCCAUGUGUUACACGCUCUCUGAUGGCCCCAUUUGGUACACAGUAAUGGCAACUGCGGUGCCACAGAAGCAGGCCACAUAUGCUGUGCUUCUGGUUAAAUUCUGCCAGAAUGCAUGGGGAGCUAAAGUAACUUUGCAUUUAGUCUAGGCAUGUAGAUGCUGGUAACACAGGUAGGGAUUAGGCUGAGUUAUUCCAAUGGCAAAAAUGUCAUGGUUCAGACCUCCUAGUCCACAUUCUGAACUAGUGACAAUGUCUGUGCUGCAGCUGAAUUAGAUCAGAACCAUUAGUAAUACACUUUUCCCAAUAGCAGCCUCUGCUGGGAUCCCUCCAUUCUUCCCUGAGGGACUUUGGCAAGGAGAUUUGUCAAGAGGCAUGGCCCUUACCCCGAAGUCCAAAUGUUAUGACCAAUGUUGAGCAAAUGCAGCUGGUGAAAAUACAGGCAGGAUUAACAUUGAAUAAUGGAUGUAGAUCUCCCUCCCAGUAUGGUAGUAUAGACCAUAGUUGAUCAGACUGUGAUGGGCAGUGUAGCCAUAGCAGAUCAACAGAUCAGAUCAAUCCCUAUACCAUAACUAGGGGUGUCAAAAAAUGGCACCCAUUUUGCUCCAUAUCUGUGCAUUGCUCUGCACCUGUUUACAAGGAGUUUUUUGAGCACUGAAACAGCACGUCCUACAUCUUUGAUUGAUUAUGCCUCAUGUGCAAAGGAGUUAAUUCCCAUCAGCUGCUGGCCUCUCCCAUGGCAGCCUCAGACCAUUUCCUCAUCAGGGUAUGCUAGGCAGCUGCAUUUUCACUGGCAUGGCUGUUUCAGAAUGUGGCAUAUGGGUCAAUUUUACUCCAUUGUGUAGUUGGAGCCUUAUGCAGUGGAGUAACUCUUCUCUUUUCCCUAGAGUACUGAAUUAGGUCCCCAAAAUACAGAUUUACAGAAUGGCUGGUUACAGUUCUAUAUAGCUGUAAACCAUUUAAUCAAUAAUCUGUUUUUAAACAUCCUUCAGUACAUACUUACCUGAAAAACUUCAGAAGAUUUUGUGACUUUUUUACAUGUCACAACAUGCCAAGAGCAGACAAAGCUCAGUUCACAGAUUGUUUCAGGACAUUGUGGAAACACUGGGCCAUAGCCUGUAACUCUCUGUCACAGCACUACAAAUCCAGAGUAGGUCACUUAUUUCACUCUGGAUUUAUACCAGUGUAACUAAGAGCAGAAAGGGGGCCCAUUGCUACCAUUCAAAAUUGGUAGAAGCAGGUGGCUAGCAGGUAUUUUUACCCUAUCUAGGAGGAAUUCAAAUAAGUAGAAGUAACACAAGCAAUGCUCUGAUUGUGUUCUGCCGGGCACAGAGACAAAAGUGAUACAAUACUUUCCUACUGUGUUGAAGGUGAAGUGAAAUUGUUACAUUCUUUUCUUCUUCUUUUUUCAAAUGAAGGAAUUAAAAAAACAUUUAAGAUUUUAAGUCAUUUGCAGAAUUCAUGUGUUGCCUUAAAAUUAUAAAUAUAUGUAACAACUAUGUUGAAAGCUUUAGUAACUCUUAAGAACUGAGCUCAGGGUUCCAUGUUUCACUGCGGGUGCUGAUACCAUAUACAAACACUCCAUACUGGAAUGAAGCACUAGGCUCAUCUUCAGUCUGUGUAAGACCAUCUGUAUUGCAAUCGUGUGCAUUAGGACUAUAUUCUCAGUGGUAUAAAUCGUAGGUGCUCCAUUGAAAUUGGUGUAGCACCACUGAAACCAGUGGAGCCAUGCUGCUUUACACCAGCCGAGCACCUGGCCUGUGGAGCUUUGGACGCCUUGUAAGGACAGUUUUAAUGAUAGUACUUUUUAGGAUGGGAAGUUGACUGUUGGGCUAGCCUGCCCAGAAUCCUUGGCUGGGUCUGUGUAUGAAGAGUGGGGAAAAUAAUGUACAGCAGCUUGUUAGCAGAAAAGCUCAAGGUUGCUUUGUUUUCUUGACAAGAAAAAAAUCUCACAUAUUAGAAAUGCACAAUAUACUGCACAAUCAGCUCUUUCAGGAGAAACACAGAACCUUGAACUCAGGUCCUGAGCUGUAAGUUAAAGAUUACAUGAUUUUCAAGUACUUUGUAUUAAAAUGUAUUCAUAAUUUUAAAGUCUGCACAUAUCUACUGUUAAAAGAUUUAGGAUGUUAAACAAUUUUUGUAUUUAUUUUAGAAGUGCUGCAGUUCACUUUUAAGAACCAAAUUUAAAAGCUCUUUUUGUUACUCAAUCCAACAUACUGUAAUGGUCUGAAAUGAGCAAGAUAUGCGGAAAUUAGACAGUUUAGCUUUGGUUUUAGUUUGAAAAGCUUCUUUCAAUGUGCAAGCAUUUUGUCUGUGCUGUAUUUUAUUUUUAAAGACAGUCUCAUGAUAAUAAAAUGCAGAAAGGUUAA